AUGUCAGAUGAUGGUGACAUUCUCAAUAAUGAGCUUCCCAUUGGCUCCCAAACACCUAUCACCACUUCUAAAAAAUUAUUCACAACCUUAUGUAGACAGAACUUUCAAAAACUAACCUCAAGGAGAAGUGAUUCAUUCACAAUAUCUGAAAAAGCACAAUACAGGACAGAUGAAAACAAAAAAGCCAAAGAUAAAAAGCUUCCUAUUUCCUUUAAUUGGUGGGAAGCAUGUAGAAUGAUUGGUGGUCAUUGUAAAAGUCACUGUGGUCAAGGACAAUUUAGGCUGUCAUUUUGUACAAGGCCUACAACUCUGCUCUGUGUAACACAAUGUGAACUGACAGACUCACAAAUUCAGAGAAAUCAGAGUUAA